CGGACCCGGAGGGCGAUGGAGCGUGCGCGCGAGCCACCGGCCGAGGCCGACUCGCCCGGGGAGGGGGAGGGGGAGGCGGGGGCGGCCAUGGCUGCGGUGGUGGCUGCAGCGGGUGGCGCGGGCCCGGCCGUCCUACAGGUGGCCGGCCUCUACCGGGGCCUGUGCGCGGUGCGCAGCCGCGCCCUGGGCCUGGGGCUCGUGUCACCUGCGCAGCUGCGCGUGUUCCCGGUGCGCCGCGGCUCUGGCCGGCCCACGGGGGGCGCCGACGACAUUGGGGUUGGGGCCGAGCUCGAGGCCAACCCCUUCUACGACCGCUACCGCGACAAGAUUCAGCAGCUGCGCAGGUCUGAUCCAGCUGCUUUUGAGUCCCGACUAGAAAAGCGCAGUGAGUUUCGGAAGCAGCCUGUGGGGCACUCCAAGCAAGGUGAUUUUAUCAAAUGUGUGGAACAGAAGACAGACACAUUGGGGAAACAGCCUAUGAGCAGAGGAUUCACUAAGGACAAGACUCUCAGUUCAAUCUUUAACAUUGAGAUGGUAAAAGACAAAACUGCAGAAGAAAUAAAACAGAUCUGGCAGCAGUAUUUUGCAGCAAAAGAUACAGUCUACGCAGUUAUUCCUAAAGAGAAGUUUGACUUGAUCUGGAACCGGGCUCAGUCUUGUCCAACAUUUCUGUGUGCACUACCAAGAAGGGAAGGUUAUGAGUUUUUUGUCGGACAGUGGACAGGUACUGAACUCCACUUCACUGCACUUAUAAAUAUUCAGACCCGAGGGGAAGCUGCAGCCAGCCAGCUGGUUUUAUAUCAUUACCCUGAACUUAAGGAAGAAAAGGGCAUAGUGCUGAUGACAGCAGAAAUGGAUUCCACAUUUCUGAAUGUUGUUGAGGCACGGUGCAUUGCCAACCAAGUCCAGCUCUUCUAUGCCACUGAUCGGAAAGAGACCUACGGGUUAGUGGAGACCUUUAACUUCAGACCAAAUGAGUUCAAAUAUAUGUCUGUCAUCGCGGAAUUGGAGCAAAGCGGACUUGGAGCAGAACUGAAAUGUGCUCAAAACCAGGAUAAGACUUAAGCUGCACAGUUGGCUUACAGAGUCUUCUCAGCCCUGGACAGUCCUGAGCCCACCCACCCCUUGAACUCUCAGGAGCUCAGCAUCUAUAGUGAGCAGUCUCUAGUGAGCUUCCCUGUGUGCUUAUUGCAAGAAGUAACAUGGAGUUGAGCCCUAUUACUUGAUAUUCAGGAACGAAGGUACCCAAACAUUCUGAUAAUUAUCUCCCAGCAUCCUUUUUAGGUGUUUGAGGUCAUAAGCAGAGACCACCAAGGAUCCGCAAGGUGGUUGACUUGAUUUUACACAGUGUGAUAGUACAUUUGUAUUCUGGCCAUUUUGACUGCAUAGCUCCCAAGUGAUUGGUUCCUCAUCUUUAUAAACUGUGAUGGGAUAAGAAGCUUAAAGGCCUGCUGUAGUUAGAUGUGGGCGUUACAUACUCGUUCCAUUUGGCUGGCCAAAGUUAUAACCCAGAUAGCCUGUUUAAACUCUGGAACAACCAGGUAUUGCGAUCAGGAUUAAGGCUUCAUCCAGAUGCGCCCAGACUUGCCUUCAGUGUAGUUUGGAGCAUUAGUAGAUUUCGGGUAUAGUUAAACACAUGUGUACAGUGCCUGCAUGUUUUUAAACCAUAGUUUGUGGCACCUGCUUCUCUAACUCUGCCUGUUGCAAGCUGUAUAUCUAGAGGUGCUGAAUCAGUGCAGUGUAAAUAAAUCAACACUUUUGUAAAGAGAGGAUCAAUCCAGAUUUGCAUUUUUUUUUAAACUCUAAACCAUGCCAGUAUUAUAGAAAAAGUGGGUGCAAGCAAAUGUUCCCAUAUUGGGUGUGGGGAAAAUGUAGCAAUAAAAUAGUGUCUGGCUUACACUCUUUGUUAUACUAAAUAGUGAAGUCUAAGCUCUGUGCUGUCCAUAGUGUCAGUGCUGUGGGCUGAUGUCAUCAAAAUUCAUCUGCAGUUUCUUGAAAUGCCAAAAAUAAGAACGAAGCUCUCCAGUGCUGGAAACUCAGAUUUGGUUUGUCACGUCACUGCGACUCCAGGCUGAGUGAUAGAAGAGGGCGGUGGUUACACACCAGCCUUCUGAACUUGAGGCCCAGAGCCCCCCAGUGUUGUUGUAGACCACCUUUACUGUAACGCCUUCCCUUUUCUCCAUCUGCUUGCUCCCCUUUGCACUCCUGCCUAUGACCUGGCGAAUGACACUAAGUACGGUGAGUGGAAUCUAACCAGGAUUUGUGGUUUGUGUGUGUGUUUUCAUUAUUACAGGAAACCUUUUAUAGAUUGGGCUUGGCAGAUUCUUUCAACGGCAUUGAACUUCCCAUUAUUUUCUGAGCUGUGUCUGUUUUGUUGUACUUCUGAGUCUGUGUAGAGAGAGACAGAUAGUGUUUGUUUAAACUGGAAAAGUUGCUGGUCUUCCACAAUUUCUCUAAAGAUUGAGCUGUUUCCUAAGGCAGACUCAUGCCCCUGGUCCUGAUGGCUCAUUUUUUUAAGAAACUUGAGUCUGGGUGUUUUGAGGCCCAGGAAUCUUUGACAUCUGGUAGAGUUACUUUCGUGGAUAUGUUUGCUUUCCCCUCCAGAUGGACCCAGUCUUUAGCCAUAGUACAUUUCAUAACACCUACACCAGCAGAUGAGAAUAUGAUGGGUAAGGAAAUCAGAACUGGCUCCUCAUUUUAUUGUUCCUCUCAGGUUUGCUCUAAAUCCCCACCAGCCAGAGAAGGAUGUGUCCAUGAACAGUCACACUGGACGUGAUCAGAGUACUAUCUGGCUGUUCUUUAUAUUUACUUAGCAAGAUCUGGCAAAGAAAAAAAGAAAAUUUAACAUCAGUCCCCUGGCGCAACAACGUGUCAUAGAAAGUGGACAGGCUGUAGAGAUCAGUGAAUCUGGGUUCAGUGUUGGAAUUCAUUAGCUCUAUAAUGUUAAACAGAUUAUUUAAACUCUCUAAUUCUGUUUCUUCAUCUAUAAAAUGAGGAAUGUAUCUACCUCAUAGGAUUGUUGUGAGAAUUAAAUCAGCUUAUAUAUAGACUAUGUUAGAGCUUAGUAAAUGUCAGCUCCCUUCCUCUUCUCUACUUCCCCUGCUGCUAACUUAAAGGCCAGCACAGAUAAGCAUUUCAGAUGUGCAGAUCAUUUUUCCUUCCAGUUUAAGAGCAAACCUUAUCUCACAGGUUCUCUAACUUUCAGUUGCAGUAGAAUUACCAAGAGCACUUGAAAAUGCAGACUCCCAGGUCUCAAACCACAGCCUACUGAAUCAUAAUCUUUGCAGAAGAUGCUGGGAACCUACAUUUUAAUAUGUGCUCCAGAUGAUUCUGAUGUAGGUAAUUAGCCCGCCACACUUUAAGAACCAAUGCCUUAUCUAUUCUUCACCAAACUUAGCUGCUAGCCAGGUCUCUUCCCUGUGGACAUUAACCAUAAAGCACCUUCCUGUGCUCUUUGCCUCCCAUAGUGGUCCCCUCUACAUACUCUACAUUCUACUUAUUUAUUUCUGUAUCUUUUGUCCCCACUAAACUGUGAGCUCCUUGAGGGCCAGGGUUUAUCUCCAUUCCCAGCACCAAGGAACACAGCUAGAAUAUAGAAGAUACUCAGUUUUUUUUGUUGAAUAAAUAAAUGACAUGGAUUUUAGCCAAAACAUUA